AGUCUCGGUUACGUAGAUUACUGAUCGUAUUAGUGCGUCUUGGUUUGAGGACUUGGUGCAUGUUGACUGUUAUUUUUGCUUCUGUUACUCACAAUGGGUUUAAUUAUUCAUCAUUUUCAAUAGAGCUGCUGGAAAGACCAAAAUAUGGCUAA